UCUUCCUUUUGGCAAUUAUUUAUUGAAUACCUACUACAUGGCAGUCGGUAGGAAUCUGGUCAGUCUCUCCCCAUUUUUCAAAGCCGCUAAAAGCGACCAGAGGACAGAGGGAGGCCCUCGGUAACCUAGGAGUCCUGGCUCCGCCCCUUCUGCCUUUGGCCUUGCCCGCUCCUCCCAUCACCACUCAGAGGCGGCUACUGGCCCACUACGAAGACCGAAAGCAGUCUCCGCUCACCGCUCCUGCAGCCUCGGGCUUCAAGCCCUGGAGCUGAGAAGACAGUCUAAUGGUACGCUGCUGCUCUGUUUUGCCUCAGUUUCGGGGUCCAUCCGGAAAGCUUUCGGAUAAGGAUUCUCAGUGAGACCGCACUCGAUUGAAUCGGUCUGUCUGUUCAGACUAAGGAGGCGGAUUCGCCGCAGUCGCUUCAAGGCCAAAGCUGGAAGAUCUUACUGCGCACGCGCAGUAGACCGCCGACUGAGCCACCAAUGGAGCAUUCCGGAGGGGAGCAAGAACCCGGAGCCGUCAGGCUCCUGGACCUGCCCUGGGAAGACGUGCUACUCCCGCACGUCCUGCACUGGGUCCCGCUACGCCAGCUGCUCCGGCUUCAGCGCGUUAGCCGGGCCUUCCGGGCGCUAGUUCAGCUGCACCUGGCCGGCCUGCGCCGCUUCGACGCAGCCCAGGUGGGUUCGCAGAUUCCGAGGGCUGCACUGGCCCGGCUACUUCGGGACGCCGAGGGGCUGCAGGAGCUGGCGCUGGCCCCGUGUCACGAAUGGCUAUCGGACGACGACCUGGUGCCAGUGCUGGCACGGAAUCCGCAGCUGCGGAGCGUAGCGCUAGCGGGUUGCAGCCAGCUGAGCCGCCGAGCGCUGGGGGCGCUGGCUGAGGGCUGCCCGCGGCUGCAGCGCCUUUCGCUCGCUCACUGUGACUGGGUGGACGGGCUGGCACUGCGUGGACUCGCGGACCGCUGCCCGGGCCUGGAGGAGCUGGACCUCACCGCCUGCCGCCAGCUCAAGGACGAGGCCAUCGUCUACCUGGCGCAGAGGCGCGGCGCUGGCCUCCGCAGCCUCUCCUUAGCGGUCAACGCCAACGUGGGUGACACCGCAGUCCAAGAGUUGGCUCGAAACUGCCCGCAACUCGAGCACCUCGACCUCACAGGCUGCCUUCGAGUCGGAAGCGACAGUGUCAGGACUUUGGCAGAGUACUGUCCGGCUCUGCGCUCUCUACGGGUGCGGCACUGCCACCACGUGGCCGAGCCCAGCCUAAGUCGAUUGCGGAAGCGUGGCGUGGACAUCGACGUGGAGCCCCCUCUGCACCAGGCCCUGGUGCUACUCCAGGACAUGGCAGGCUUCGCACCUUUUGUCAACCUGCAGGUCUGACUGACCCUCCUGCCGGUGGGAGCACAGCUGGACUGUGUAGCUGGGGUCUGACACUGAGCUAUAGGGAAACUGAACUGUGGGAACCUCUGGUGAGAGGCCUGUGCCCUGCCCCACCCUGGAAUUUCAAAUAAAAAGCUUUUUACCCCUUC